AGGUUGGUAUAUACAUGAAUAUAACUAACUAUAUAUAAAAAGCUGCUGCAUGUGUUUGCAGUCUCACCUUCAAAAGCCAUUUGAAUGUCCUUGCAACAUUCUAAAGCAAACUCAUGAAAGCAACACUAAGAUACUUAGAAGGAAUGGCUGGCCCUAGUGGCUUUGGCUCAAAUUCAACCGCUGAACAAGUUACUGAUGAAAGUUCUCGCUUCCUUCCUCCUGGUCUAACUGCUCUCAUCACUGGAGCGAGUUCAGGUAUUGGAGCUGAAACGGCUAGGGUGCUAGCAAAGAGAGGAGUGAGAGUUGUGAUUGCGGCGAGGGACUUGAAGAAGGCCAGAGAAGUGAAAAAGAACAUACAAAAGGAAAAUCCAAACGCUGAGAUUGUUCUGUUGGAGAUUGAUCUUAGCUCUUUUGGUUCUGUACAGAGAUUUUGCUCCGAGUUCUUAGCUUUAGAACUUCCCCUUAACAUUCUCAUAAACAAUGCAGGGAUAUUUUCUCAAAACUUGGAGUUCUCUGAAGAUAAAAUUGAGAUGACAUUUGCUACAAAUUACUUGGGUCAUUUCUUGUUAACAGAAAUCUUAUUAGACAAAAUGAUAGAGACGGCAGAGAAGACAGGUAUUCAAGGAAGGAUAAUAAAUGUUUCUUCUGUGAUUCAUAGCUGGGUGAAGAAAGAUGGUUUUCGUUUCAACGACAUACUCAGUGGAAAAAGAUACAAUGGCACACGCGCUUAUGCUCAGUCAAAAUUGGCAAAUAUUUUGCAUGCGAAGGAAAUAGCCAAGCAACUCAAGGCAAGAAAUGCAAGAGUAACUAUAAAUGCAGUACAUCCAGGCAUUGUGAAGACAGGAAUUAUUAGAGCUCAUAAGGGCUUAAUAACGGAUUCCUUAUUUUUUAUCGCAUCAAAGUUACUCAAAACGACAUCACAGGGAGCAUCAACUACGUGCUAUGUUGCUCUGAGCCCAAAAACACGAGGGAUCAGUGGAAAAUACUUUGCUGACUGCAAUGAGAGUCACUGCUCAAGACUGGCAAAAGACGAAUCGGAAGCACAAAAGCUAUGGAACAACACCCAUGCAUUGCUUCAGAAACGACUACGUCAAGCAACAAUCUGAAGCAUUUCUUCUCCAUUUCAAGACUCCGUGUAUAAUUAGGUUAUUCUUUAACGUUAAGCUGCAGGCUCAACUCAAGAUUUGAGUCUUAAAAGGCACCUAAAACGACAUCAUAAUCGUGGGGCUUUACUAUUAGUAACCCCAUUUCCUGUCC